AAUCCGAGCGCUUGUUUGAGUUGGACAAGAUAUAGAUGACACUCCCCCACGCAGUUGUUUCCUUGUUGUAGCGCGCAACGGAAACACAAGACAAGCAAAAAGAUAUGACUUCUAUGAGACUUUAAUGGAUAGAGCUUUCAUUGAGUGAUGGCGCCGCUGUGGAAGUCUGCCCUGUUUGCCACUCUGUGUCUGUGUCUCCCAUGGCUAGUCUUGCUCCAACCAUGCUCCGACUCAUGCAGAGCCUGCGGCGGGCCGGACAACAACACGUGCUUUGCGUGUAAAGACGGCUGGAUUCUCCAUGAGCGCCACUGUGUGGAUGUUGAUGAGUGUGAUCACAAGCUGGCCGGUUGCCCGUCGAACACCUACUGCUUUAACACUGAGGGGUCAUUCGAGUGCAGAGGAUGCGAUCCUGCAUGUGUGGCGUGUAUGGGCAGUGGUCCAGCUCGUUGUAAGAAAUGUGCCAAUGGAUACACCAUGACUGGCACAAAAUGCGUUGAUGUGGAUGAGUGCAGUGAGAAUGAGCUGAUGUGCCCUGGCCUGGAUGAGUUCUGCGUGAACAAGGAGGGCUCGUUCUACUGCCAGUGUGCUAAAGGUUUCCGUCGGGAGGAUGGUGUCUGUAAAGCCAUUAAGACAUCUGCUGCUCACGAGAAGGGCUUGUUCGACGACAUCCAGGAAGAGGAGAUGGAGGUCCUCCAGCAGAUGUUCUUCGGCGUGAUCCUCUGUGCUCUGGGCACGCUGGCGGCCAAGGGCGACAUGGUCUUCACCUCCAUCUUCAUGGGCGCGGUGGCCGCCAUGGCAGGGUUCUGGUUCUCGGACAGAAGCGAUCGACUGCUGGACUCCAUGUUGAGAGGACGCUAAUGUUGUCUGGACAUAGUUACACACACUCACUCACACUCACACUCACACUCACACUCACACUCACACUCACACUCACACUCACACACGCAUGCACACACACACACUCACUCACUCAUACUCACACAAACACACACACACACACACACACACACACACACAUACACACACACACACAUACACACACACACACACAAACAUCCAGAUCAUCAAAUCAAUAUUAUGCACAAAAGUACACACAUACCUAUUAUUUAUGAGGUUUCACCGGGCCUGAGUGUGUCCAACUCUGUACUCUAAUAUUGUCUGGACAUAGUUACACACACACACACAUAUGCACGCACGCACACACGCACACACACACACACACACACACACACACACUCACACUCACACUCACACACAAACAUUCAGAUCAACAGGUGUUUCACCUGGCCUGAGUGUGUCCAACUCUGUAUUGUGUGUCCUGAGGUUAUGAAUGGCAUUACUAUACUCUAAAUGGCCUUAAUGGAGUCAGAGAGGGUUGAAAAGGAAAUGAAUUGUAUUGCUCUAUCUGCUCUAUCUUAAUAGUAAUCAAUGAUCUUAGAUUGAGCCUUUGUCACGUCCUGCCUUCCUAUGCUACUGUUGUUAGGUUAGCCAAACAAUGGUUAAGAUUUGGAAGCCUGUUGACUCAGUAAGCAUAAUUCUGAUUCUGGAAUGAUUGAGGGUCAAUUGUUCUGCCUUCGUUAGGUUCUCAAAUAACAUUAAUUUUUGUGAGUCACCUUGAGCAUAUCUUUUGUAUCACCCCACCCAUACCAGCUGUGGGUGCUGGCUUUGAAAAGUAGCCCCUUUGUGUAGUUGGAGCACGACGCUGACCAUAACAAAUUCAUUCACUUCAUGAUGUCCCUUAUUUCAUUUCAUGCUCAUAUGGAAUUUGAACUACUUUAAAACAACUGCAAUAAAAAAAGAAAUGCUUAUUUUACUCAAACAUUUAGAAAUGCUAUUCUAAUGUUGUUCAUUACAGACCCAAAAGGAGAGGAAAUAUUUCACUCUACAUGUUAUGGUUAUGGUUAUUGCUGUUUAGCAGACGCCUUUGUUCAAAGAGACAUACAAAUAUGCAUUAAUAGUGUCUCCCACGCCGUCUGCCAGACAAUGUUCCAAAUACCUGUGAUCUCAGCAGCCUGUUCCGCGAGCCUGUUCAGGAGCAGUUGAAAUAUUUCACUCUACAUGUUAUGGUUAUUGCUGUUUAGCAGACACCUUUGUUCAAAGAGACAUACAGAUAAAAAAAAAACAAUAGGCCUACAAUAAUUAAUCUAACAGUGAACAAUUUAAAAAAGUAGGGAAAAUAGCAAUAUAUACAAUAAACAAUAUCAUUUCAAGCAAUAACCUAAUGAAAAUAAACAAUGAGUAUGUGUAGGGAAUAUGCAUUAUUAGUGUCUCCCAUGUCGUCUGCCAGACAAUGUUCCAAAUACCUGUGAUCUCAGCAGCCUGUUCUGCGAGCCUGUUCAGGAGCAGCUGUCUCCCAGACAGUUGUUCAGCCGGUCAGACUGGUGAACGCAAACAGGUGGCCAUCGAUGGCUUCAGUUAGUGGCUACAGUAAGUUCUCUGUGCUCCUCUGCUUGUAGUUCUGGAUCAUUCUCAGCACAAGUCUGUGGGAAAUUGUUAAUAUUGUUUCUCUGAUAUAACACACGGUUUGUUAA